ACCAUUGAAAACCCAGCAAAAACUGCGGUAGACAGAGCGUCGUUUGCCUACCAAGACAGCGCCAGCGCAUUUUCGUGAUACUCGAGCGGCUCCUUGAUGCGCUGUGGCGUCGAGUCUUCUGCCACGGACAGUGAAGGACGCGCUGCGUCAUCCUCCUCGUUAUGUUCAUCAUCGUCGUCGUCGUCUUUGUCCACCGUCGCCUUCUUCACGACAGUCUGCGGACUACUUUUCGUCACACUGCUCAUCGCGUACUGGACGAACGCCAGGCGUCGCUUCGUCUCCAUAACCGACCUAGUCGUGUCGUGUGGAACCUCGGAGUGCAAACUCGCGUCAGGCUACCUGUCGACGCUCGUCGAUCGCGACGUCGAGCCUUGCGACGACUUCUACCAGCACGUGUGCGGCAAAUGGACCCGGGAGCGUGACGGCCUUAGCUUCCUGGGCGACGCCUUCCAGAGGUACCUGGCCGACCUGCGUCGCCGGCUCACGUCGCCUGACGUGGAGACGUCUUCCGUGUACCCAAAGCUGCGCUCGCGUCUUGCGGUGGGAACCCGCUUCGUUCGAGACUGCUUUCUCUACAUGGAGGAACCCGAACCAGACGUGAAGCGAGAAAUUGCCUCCAUUCUUGAGGUGCUGGACUUAUCGGGAAUCCUGGUCUCGGAGACGUCUUUCGACGCGUUGCUGCAGGCGCUUUCGCUUUCUUUUACCACGGGCCUCGCCUCCCUGGUCGGGAUCCGGAGACGGAAGUUGGGAGAUCGCGUCUUCCUGCAUAUCUACGGCGCGAGGUCCAUCCGAGAAGAACUCCUACCAGAGGCGGCGGACGGCGUAGUCCUGUCUUACCUUUAUAAGGUCGUCCGCGCCGCUUCUGGGGACAGCGCCCACAGCGACGCGCUCGCAAGCUCGGUGCUAGCUCUUGACGUGACGUUGGCCCAGAAGUCGCACGCCUUCUCACGUUCGCCCGGCCGACAAAGAAGACGACGACGUGUGGCUGCACGUGACCGACCUGAUAGGGGACGCCGACUUUCCCGCUGGCUUGUGGGACGUUGCCUUCGGCUCUUUCAAGGCCAACGAGCCCGUACGAGACCAUGACAACUGCCGUGCUGUUUACACGGUUGAACGCGUCGCGUUUGGCGGCCCGGCACCUGGAGCGAACCGAUGGUCAACGUCACCGCCUGGUACUUGGUCGCAGCCACGCUUUCCCGCGCCUUGCGUCUCGACUUCGUCAAGCGGUUCGGUGGCAACUAUCCGUACAGGUCCGAACAUCUCUGCCUGGACGCGGCGACAAGGGCAUUGGAGCCCGACUGGCCUCUGGUACUGGCCACGUUGGCAUUUCCACACGCCGACUUCGGGGGCGCCAAUGCGCUCUUCGACGGCGUCCGCCGCGCCUCCAUGGCGACGACGCCCGAUUGGCUUGACAACGUCACUACCAGGAGGAUUCGGGCCAGGCUCCGACACGUCACGCUUACCUCAUUCGCCACGAGUUUCGAGAGAGACAACGCAACGAUGGCCGAGGUCGGCAGCAGCUUCGUGCGGGCGAACCGCAGCUUUCUUGCCCACUACGUGACUCUGCACCACGUCGGCCAGGAGGCCUCGAUUCGGGAUCCACCGAAUGGUCUCAAGGGAGCCCUGUCUUCCGUCGAGCUGCACGGUCGUGUCGUCUAUAGUGACCUGUUCGCCACGGUGUUUCUGCCGCUGGUGUACCUCAGGCAUCCCGUCUUCUACAACGCCUCGGUGGCCUCGUACUACAACUACGGCACUCUGGGCGCAGUCGUGGCCAAGGAACUUGCCGAGGCUGUAUCCCCGUUCUCUCGAGGCGACGACUUUGAAGACGUCGGAAACGAGGACAGAGGAAGUAGCAAUGCCAGCACAGGCUCUUUCCUCUGGUCUGAGGCGUCCCGGCGCGAGUUUGCCUACCGAAUAGGCUGCUACAGGGCGUUCGAAGACCACUUCCACAAGGGCCGUCCCCAGGACGUGGACUGGAUGACGACACCCCUGAAGCGGAACCUGUUCGCUUGGCUUCGCGCCGCCAGGGUCGCUUACGAGGCCAUGAAGACGGACUACGUGGCGUCCACGACGCGCGGAGGAACGCUGCCGCACCGCGUCACGCCAGCUCUGUGGAAGUCCGCGCAGAUGGUGUUCUUCCGCCGCUUCUGCCUGGUCGCCUGCGGACUGGACCGCACGGAACCUCUGAGCGCCCGUGACAGGUGCCACUGGCCGCUGCUCAACAUGGCCGAAUUCGUGGACGCCUUCGGCUGUCCCAACAACUCGUUCAUGGCGUCCAGGCAGAGCUGCCAUUUUUUGUAGAUGGCAGACUCGCGCGACGUCAUGGACGCUGCUUCUCACUGGCUGAUACCCUAAGAGGGCGGCCAUGGGGACGUAAGUGGGUGUAAUAUGACGACGUGUGCAUCAUCGCCCGCCAGAUGGUGGAACUGAUUAUCACCGUUACUAUGUAAAAUAAGCACGUAUACUCCUAUCACACGUAAUGUGUUGUGACAAUAUAAAGUUUUGGAAUAGGC